AUGGAAGCUUGCCAACCUCCAGAUAAAUUCAAUGGCAAUUCCUAUGAUACCAUAGUUCUGGCAGUCACCACGGUUCUGAUUUUUGCUGGAAUGUUGAUAAAUGCUUUCAUUGUGGCUGUGCAUUGCAUUGCUUGGAUGAAAAAGAAAAGCUUAACCUCCAGUGAGAAGAUCUUGAUGUUUUUGGGAUGCUCCAGAUUUUGCCUGUUGUGCAUCACAUGGGUAUAUAGCUUUCUUUCAACAAUUUAUCCUGGCUUAUUUUAUGUGAACACCACACCCCAAAUAUUUUCAGCCCUCCUCGGCUUUUUUAUUUCUUCCAACUUGUGGAUUUCUGCCUGUCUGUGUGUUUUUUAUUGUGUGAAAAUUGCAAAUUUCAGGCAUAUCUUCUUCAACUACCUGAAAGUAAAUAUUGACAGGAUUGUGCCAUGGCUGCUGCUGGGUUCAGUGUUUUUAUCCCUAUUCAUCUGCAUCCCUGUCUAUAAAAUUCCUCACGAAGUGCAGUGCAACUAUCUCAAUGCCACCCUCCUAGGAAGUUCCUGGAUGAUGAAUAUCAAAAUAGACAGACAUGUUCUCCCUGCUUUUUUUGUCAGUGGCGUUGGAUUUUCCUUGGCAUUCGUGACAUUAAUUCUUCCAGCCCUUCUCCUCCUCUUUUCUCUCUGGAGACACAAACGGAAGAUGCAAACCAGCCCAGUGAGGAAUCUCAGCAUGGAUGCCCAUGUCAAAGCCAUGAAAGCUAUUAUGUCCUUCUUCUUCACAUACAGCAUUUACUUCACGUGUUUGAUCUUCUGGGUGAUUUAUGACACUCAGAAUAAAAAUCCUCUGAUGGUCCUUUGUUUCGUACUUCAGCAUGCUUUUCCAGUUGUCCACUCCCUUAUUCUGAUUUUCAGCAAUCCCCAACUGGAAAAGAUAUUACUAAAGACUCUGCACUCUGUGAAGUGCAAGGUUUGCAUAAGGUAG